AUGCUCCUGGAUGCCAACCUUGACGGUGCCAUCAGCCCAGAAGAGCUCAUGAAAGUCAUGAACUUCGUGAAGGUUCGCAUGGAUCUUCUGAACAGGAGGGCGCAGAAGAAGGAGGAGCUCGCCAACCCCUUUGCCAAGCAAGCGCAGGUGGACAGCAAGUCCGAGGAGAAGCUGGCGUGA